GGGUAGGCCUGGGUAGGCCUGUCGACCGUAGAAGCACCUCUCUGAUUCUGAAAAUUUAUUAGCCGUACCAUCUCUUUUUGUCCAUCCUCUUUUUUUUUUGUCACCACUGCUCCCCCUCCAGUUGUUGACAAAUCUCUCCUCCGCACCACAAACAACUUCUUGUUUUGAAGUUUACGGAAGAGAGAAAACAAAAGUUGACAAUUCGGCAACAACCGCAGAAACUUGUAAACAGUUAAUACGCUACUCCCCAAAAUUCACCUACAUCUUUAAUUGGUCUCAGCAGGCUUGGCCUUGUCGCUCAUUCAUUAUCCGUGUCCUCUUCAAUUCAUUCCACCCCUUUCUUCUUAGUUACAUCGCACUGGCAAAUCUUCAACCUUCAACCUUCACUUCGAACGUGAAUAAUCAAUACAAUGGCGGACGAAAAGACUCGCACCUCUGGUGAGGUUCCCCGACCGGAGCCAAAGGGCCCCAUCUUGCCUACCACGAACCCCGAGGCCGACAAACCUCAGCCUCCCAAGCCGGCCAUCCACCCGGCCUUCUACGUUGCAGUAUGGAUCAGUCUUUCGUCGUCUGUCAUUCUGUUCAACAAAUGGAUUCUCGACACCCUCGAAUUCCGUUACCCCGUUAUCUUGACCACCUAUCACUUGACGUUCGCGACCAUUGCAACACAGUUGAUGGCGCGCUAUACCACCCUCCUUGAUGGUCGCAAGUCUGUCAAGAUGACUGGACGCGUCUACCUCCGUGCUAUCGUUCCUAUCGGUGUCUUCUUCAGCUUGAGUUUGAUCUGCGGUAACUUGACCUACCUCUACCUCAGUGUCGCUUUCAUCCAGAUGAUCAAGGCCACCACCCCCGUUGCAGUCUUACUUUCCAGCUGGGCCAUGGGUCUUGCACCCCCCAACCUCAAGCAGCUCCUCAACGUAUCCGCCAUCGUUGUUGGUGUCAUGAUUGCCUCGUUCGGUGAGAUCCGAUUCGUCUGGAUUGGUUUCUUCUACCAGUUGGGAGGUCUUAUGUUCGAAGCUAUCCGUCUCAACCUUGUCCAGGCCCUGCUCAGCUCUGCCGAAUACAAGAUGGACCCUCUCGUCUCUCUGUAUUACUUUGCACCCAUCUGCGCUGCCAUGAACGGUGCUGUCGCUCUCAUUUGGGAGAUUCCCAAGGUCUCUAUUGCUGAAGUUUACCACGUCGGUCUUUUCACCUUCUUUUUGAACGGACUUUGCGCCUUCCUCCUUAAUGUCUCAGUUGUCUUCCUGAUUGGCAAGACCUCUGCUGUCAUCAUGACCCUCUGUGGUGUCCUCAAGGAUGUCAUGCUUGUUCUGGCCUCCAUGCUCAUUUGGGGUACCCCUGUGUCCGGCCUCCAGGCUUUCGGUUACACCAUUGCGCUCGGUGGUAUGGUCUACUACAAACUUGGUCUUGAGGCCAUCAAGGGAUAUGCUGGUGAGGCCGGCCGACACUGGGCCGAGUUUGGUGCUACGCGCCCUGCUCUGCGCAAGGUAAUCGUCAUCGCGGCAGCAUUACUAUUUGUGUUCAUCCUCUUCGGCGGCUUGGCCCCUAACUACGCCUACGAUCCUUCGCAGUAUCUUUCCGGUGCUGCUGAGAAGUUUGGCGUCUCCUCAUGAGCGAAUAUGUGUCAACGAAACCUCUCCUUUCACCGUAUGCCUUUGUAAUCUUCUAGGUAGAUGGGAGUUCUAACUCGGGUUCUAAUGA